CUCCACACGAAGAGAUAGAGCGAAAAUUAACCAAGAGAGGAAAGAAAAAGGGAGAAUUAUUUCCCACUUUUCUCUCCUCCGUGCCGGAGCCGCGCGCCGCCCCGCCCCGCCCGCACGAAUCGAUGGAGAUUAGGGCGCCGCCGACGAGCCUGAGGCUCGCGCCGCCGCCGGCGGCGGCCUCGGCCAGCUUCCGCCGGGUCGCGCUCAGGACCUCCUUCCUCAACGGCAGCGUUUCACUUAAAAUCAUUCAAGUACGCCAAUCAAAUGUCAACAGGUUUAAGUGCAAUGGCAUAAGAAGUAACCUCAUUGAUAGACUAUCUAGGGUUGUCAAGUCCUAUGCAAAUGCAGUUUUAAGUUCAUUUGAAGACCCUGAAAAGAUCUUAGAUCAGGCUGUUUUGGAAAUGAAUGAUGAUUUGACAAAGAUGCGGCAAGCCACUGCACAGGUUUUGGCUUCUCAAAAGCGGCUUGAGAACAAGUACAAAGCUGCCGAACAAGCAUCUGAUGAUUGGUAUCGGAGGGCUCAACUUGCUCUUCAGAAGGGCGAUGAGGAUCUUGCUCGUGAAGCCCUUAAGCGGCGUAAAUCAUAUGCUGACAAUGCAAGCUCCUUAAGGGAGCAACUUGAUCAGCAGAAGGGCGUUGUUGAGAACCUGAUAUCAAAUACUCGGAUUCUUGAGAGCAAGAUAGCAGAGGCAAAGCAGAAAAAGGAUACCUUAAAAGCCCGUGCUCAAUCAGCCAAGACUUCAACAAAAGUGAGCGAAAUGUUGGGGAAUGUAAAUACAAGUAGUGCCCUUUCAGCAUUUGAGAAAAUGGAGGAAAAAGUUAUGGCAAUGGAAUCACAAGCAGAGGCACUCGGUCAGUUGGCAACUGAUGAUCUUGAAGGAAAGUUUGCAUUGCUCGAGACAUCAUCUGUUGAUGACGAUCUCGCACAGAUGAAAAAAGAACUGUCUGGAAGUGCUUCGAAAGGGGUUCUUCCUCCAGGUAGAACAGCAGUCAGCAAUUCAGGCGCAGCACGCCCUUUCCGAGACAUCGAGAUUGAGAAUGAGCUAAAUGAGCUGCGGAAUAAGGCCAAUGAGUAUUAGAUCAUGCAGUCCCUUUGCUCAUGACAGGUGAAUCCUUUUUGACUGAAGAACGCCGGGAAGAUACGAUGGCAGGAUGGCCUUCAGGUUUCUCCAGUGUGCCUUUGAAAUCUCUAGCGCAACCUUCUUUUCUCCAAAGAGUGAAAAAUCUCUGCAUUUUGCCCUGUGAUUGGCAUUGACUGUACAGUUAGGUACAAAGUAAUGUAAAUCAUUACAUAUUUUAGCUGAAAGCCUAAGAUUUCCAUCCUCGUGAUUCA